CUGCCCUCCGCGCGCCCCAGCCACGCGCCCCUCUGCCCUGCGCGCGACAGGCCCGGGCCGGGAAGCCCCUCCGGCCGCGCGGCCGUGUUUACACAGCGCCCCGGGCUGCGCCCCGCCUGCGCCGCCCGAUUUUUAAGCCAUAGACCCGGGGCCGGGGCAGGAAGGGGCUUCCCCCGCCGCUUCCAAGAACCCUGGCCGUGACGUUCGGGGCUGGGCGGGACCUGCCCCCACGGACCCCAACUUCCCCUGCAAACCCAGAAGUGAAACCUGCUGCCGACCGGUCCCCGCGACGACGGGGCCGCCGCGAGACGCCCCCGCGCCACGGAAAGGCCACCGCGAAAAACGGCCGGCGCCGCCCGCGCUCCCGGCGGGCGCGGACUCGGGGCUCCGCCGCGAUCAUGUUGGGUUUUGAUUUUCCUUUCCCUUGACUGCGAAACCCUCCCUCCUCUCCCCUCUUUUGGGACAAGAGCCCUGGUUUUCUACGCCGCCCUCGGGCCACCACGCCGCCUGCCCGGCCCGGCCGGGGGGCGGCUUUUGUACGCGGCUCCCCCUGCCACACGCGUCCGUCCCGCCGCCGGGAUGGCCCUGUCGCCGCUCCUGCCGCCCCUGCUGCUGCUGCUGCUGCUGCUGGCGGAGCCCGCGGCCGCGCGGGCGUCCCCCGUGGAGCGCAGGCCGGGCGCCUGCAAGACGGGCGAGCUGUGCCUGCAGUCCCCCGCCAGGACGGCCCUCGCGGCGCCUCUCGUCCCCGGAGGAGACUCCUCACAACGUCUCCCUGGUGAUGCCCUAACGAGAAACGCUCAGGAGAGGAACGUCAGCGGCCGGUGGGAGUUCCAGUGUCAGCACGGGGAGCAGGAGUGCCGGCUCAACAAGGUGGAGGCCUGCCUGCUGGACAAGCUGGACGCGGAGGCGGCCUUCCUGACCAUCGUCUGCGUGGAGCAGCUGGAUGACAUGGAAAAAAAUCUCAAACCCUGCCUCGAGCUCUACGCCCCAGCCGUGUCGCCCGCCGCCAUCCUGGAGUGCGCCACCGGGGACCGCGGCACGGAGCUGAUGCACGCCAACGCCCAGCGCACGGACGCCCUGCAGCCGCCGCACACCUACGUGCCCUGGGUCGUCGUCAACGGGGCAGUCUUGGAAGACCCCAGCCAGCUGCUGGCCGCCGUCUGCCGGCUGUACGAGGGCGAGAAGCCGGAUAUCUGCAGGCCCCUGUCGAGGUCGCGAAGGCAGGUCUGCUUCAAGUGAGGCCGCCGCCCGGAGGAGGCGGCGGCUGCUGCAGGGAGACGGACAGCCCGGCCGCCGCCCGUCUGUGGCGCCCGCCCUCAGCUGCCACCGCGCCACCCCGUGACCUCGUGCGCCCUCGGACGCCCCGCUGGAAAGCAGCGCUGCCCCAGGCAGCAUCUGGCCUCACCGGGAAAGGCAUUAAAAGGAAGCAUCUGCUAAA